CAUAUAUAAGGCUCGCCGUGAGUCAAUCAGUGCGUUUGGCCUCUGUCCCCAACUCAAUCACACCCAUUCGAACUCCCCAGUUGUCAAGAAUGGCUUCACCAGCACUGCAGGCGAUCCCAUUUUCGCGCCCAGCGACCCCGGGGCAUAUCAUCAACAAAAUAGGCUUUUAUGGCCUUGGUUCCAUGGGCUACUUCAUGGCCCGAAACCUUGCUAAACACCGUGCACCGCACACGGGAACUACCCCCUUGGUCGUGUACAAUCGUUCGCGAACUAAAUGCGAGGAGUUGCUAGCAGCCUUGGGCAAGGAUAAGAUCGAAAUCGCACAAUCUCCGGAGCAGCUUGUUACCGAAUGUGAUGUCGUCUUCACCAGCCUCGCGAGCGACGCUGUAGUGAAGAGCGUGUAUGAGCAGUUUGCGAAGGCAUUGACACAAUCACCUCCUACCAAGAACAAGAUUCUAGUAGAGAUGAGUACGAUCUACCCCUCCUUGGCAGGCGAGCUCGACACACUUCUCUCCGGUAUCCCUCACACGCAUCUUGUCACCGGUCCUGUGUUCGGACCGCCGGCCGCCGCUGACUCUGCUAACCUUAUUUGCGUACUUGCCGGAGACUACCGCUCGAAAAAGGAGGUCGCUCAUAUUCUCGUUCCUGCCGUCGGGAAGAAAGCGAUGGAUCUGGGCGGUAAUCUCGAGAAAGCUCCCAUGUUCAAGCUUAUCGGAAACUCGAUGAUCUUGGGCUCGCUUGAGAUUCUUGCAGAGGCCUUCACGCUCUCGGAUAAGGCUGGAAUUGACUCCGCACAGACCUAUGAGCUUGUCAAGGACUUGUUCCCUGCACCUCCUUUUGUCAACUAUGGCAACAAAAUGGUCCAGGAUUCCUUCGAUGGCAAGAAAGGUUUUGCUCUUGAGGGUGGUCUGAAGGACGCAAACCAUAUUCGUCAUCUUGUCACCGAUUUGAACUCGCCAAUGCCAGUCGUGGACGCUGCACAUGCUCAUCUAUUGACUGCUCGUGCCAUACAUGAAGGGCAGAAGCAACGCGGCGAGGCCGCCUUCGAGGUCCUCGACUGGAGUGGUCUGGUGGCUGGAGCAAGAGUGGCUGCAGGGUUGGACGCAUUCGACAGCACAGUGCCUGCUAAGGUUGUCAAGGAAUGAAGAAAGCCGCAUGAAGAAUUAUGUUUUACCCUUAUCCUGUCCGACGUCCUCAGAUACCAUUGGACCAGCAAAUGGAAUGAAACUAUUGUUUGAUUAUGUAGUUCAAGCCGUCGUUGUUUUUCGCGGAG